AUGUCCACCGCCACCUCCGGCACCGCCCUCCAAACCCCAAUCCUCGAUUCAGAAACCUCCUCCCUCCUGCAGCGAAUAGCAGAAGAGGGCGGCUACGCCUUCGCCUCCAUGGUCGCUCGGGCGGCCGCCGGCGACACCCGCGCGGCGGAGGCCGCCCGGGAGAUGGCCUGGGAGCAGCUCCACUCCGGCCCCUGGCACUCGGUCGUCCCAAUUUGGAGGGACGCCUACGCAAUGGCCUGUCUCCACGUGGCCAAGCACCAUUAUUCGUCCGGGGAGCUGACGCUCGCCCUCAAAUCGCUGGAUAUGGGCCUCAUCAUGGGCGGAUUGACCCUCAGAGACGAUUUGAAUUCGUGCAUUGGGAAGGUCAGUGAUGCGUUGAGGAGAAAGGAGCUUAGUGAUAAUGGCGGAGGGUUGCAGAAGGGUGAGUGGUAUAGGGAUUUCAAAUUGGCAGAGGUGGUUAAGUUGUUACCUGUGAAGUCGCUUUCCUCUGGGACAGUGAGGAAAAGACGUGGUCUGUCUUUCGAAGGAUUCAUGCUGGAUCAUUUUGUUCCUGGUUCUCCAGUGAUAAUUAGUGACUCUAUGGAUCAUUGGCCAGCCAAGAGUAGAUGGAGUGACAUGAAUUACCUUAAAAAUGUUGCAGGCUUUCGUACAGUUCCAGUUGAGGUCGGAAGAAACUAUCUAUCCCAAGAUUGGAAGCAAGAGCUAAUCACUUUCUCUGAGUUCCUAGAAAGGAUUCAAGCAGGCGACUCUUCAUCUGCAAACACGACAUAUUUAGCCCAGCACCAACUGUUCGAUCAGAUACAGGAAUUAAAGAAGGAUAUUGUUACACCUGACUACUGUUUUGCUGGUGGUGGGGAUAUGAGGUCGAUUAAUGCCUGGUUUGGUCCAUCUGGAACAGUUACCCCAUUGCAUCACGAUCCACAUCAUAAUAUCCUUGCUCAGGUUGUGGGCAAAAAGUACAUUAGGCUCUAUCCUGCUUCAUUGUCAGACGAGGUCUACCCUCAUGCUGAGUCGAUGCUAAGCAAUUCCAGUCAGGUUGAUCUAGAUAACAUAGACGAGAAAGAGUUUCCAAGAAUAUUGGAUUUGGAGUUUGUGGAUUGCAUACUAGAGGAAGGUGAAAUGCUAUACAUCCCUCCAAAGUGGUGGCAUUAUGUGCGGUCCCUCACUCCUAGUUUUUCGGUUAGCUUUUGGUGGAGCCAUGAAGGGAACUCAUCAGAUACCUAA